GGCCUGAAGUGUUUUAACGUAAGCUGGCUAGAGAUAUGGGCUGUCCAACAAGAUGAUUUUUUGUACCCAAACAGAUGGUUUGAUUAAUGUAACUUCAUGUGUUUCUAGGAGUUCUGAUAAAUGAAGUCGCCUCUUCUGAUAUGUUUUGUUGGAUUAUGUUUUUGGACUUCUGUAAUUUCACUGAAGAUCUGCGCUUUCAACAUUCAGAGCUAUGGGGAAGCAAAGGCCAGCAAUAAGAGAGUUAUGGAGAUUUUGGUAAAGAUUAUUUCUCGCUGUGACCUGAGUUUGAUUCAGGAGGUUCGAGAUUCUAAAGGUGAAGCUGUAUCUGCACUGUUAAUGAGCCUAAACAGGUUUGACAAAUCUCAUAUUUACACACAUUUAGAGAGUAAAAGAAUGGGGAAGAAAACAUAUAAAGAGCAGUAUGUGUAUAUUUACAGAAAAGACAUGCUACAGGUGCAAGAGCAAUACCAACACCCAGAGUUUAAUGACAGCACAGUGUUUGCCAGAGAGCCGUUCAUCAUAUGGAUCCGUUCUCCCACAACCUUGGUGAAGAACUUUGUCCUCAUUGGUCAGCACACCUGUCCUAAGAGUGCAAUGAAAGAAAUGGAGGCACUGUAUGAGGUCUUCCAAACAGUCAGGAAGAAAUGGAAAACUGAGAAUGUGAUGUUUCUAGGUGACUUAAAUGCAGCUUGCAGCUAUGUUACCAAUAAAGGACUGAAAAACGUGCGUCUCAGGAGCGACCCAAAGUUCCACUGGUUAAUAAAAGAUGAACAAGACACUACAGUGAGAGAAAAAACACACUGCGCUUAUGACAGGAUUAUUAUUCAUGGCAAAGAACUAAUUUCUGGAAUAGUUCCGGAAUCUGCUCAACCAUUCAACUUCAAAGAAGAGUUCAAUCUAUCUGAGGAAGAGGCUUUGCAAAUCAGUGACCACUAUCCUGUAGAGGUGGAUCUGAAAGCAAACCAUCGAUACCUCCUGCGCCAUGAACUGUAAAAUGAUAAAUAUCUGUGAAUAUGACCUACAAGUAUCAAUACUAAUAGCAUAUCAUUAUUGGCUUGAUACUGUGAUCAUUUACUGGUUCAGUGUCCAGUACUAUGUGGACAGAGUGUACAAUUAUUACACACAUUUACUGUGUAAACUUUGCACCAGAACACAUAUAAGAUGUUUAGAGGCUGAACUGAUACCACAGAGAGAAAAUGUGAAAAGAUAACAUAAUAAUAAAAGCAACAUUGAACAGGUGUUAGUUGCUGAGAAUGACAAUCGGGUUGAUGUCAGUAUUUGACGUCAAUUAGACGUUGACCUAAAGCUGGAUUUUGGUUACACAACCUAAAAACAACAAAAUAUCAAUGUCAUCUUAUGUCAGUAUUGGGCAUCAAAUAAACAUUGACAUUAGAUUCGAUUUUAGUUAUCUGACGUCGCAACCAAAAUUUAACCAAAUAUCAGUGUCUUAUGACGUUGUGUGCCUGCUGGGUAUAUGCAAAUUAUUUUUAAAUAAAUUUUGAUUUAUUGUGGCUUGGUGUUCUGCUAUAGUGUCCUGUAUUUGAACUCAGUAACAGUGGAGAUUAAAUAAUAAACACAAUGGCUUCAUAUUGCCAUCUCA